AUGGCGGGGGUGGCUGGGAUGGCGGUGGUGGCGGGGGUGGCGGUGGUUGCGGGGUGGCGGCGCUUGCGGGGGUUGCGUCAUGGUGGGUACCUUCAUAACAACCGGAUACGCACUAUUCAUCGGGCUGCGUUCAGACACUUGACUAAUCUUUAUCUAGCUAACAAUCCGCUCAUCUGCGACUGCCAGCUGCAAUGGCUCAUUGAGACAGUACAGGACAGCCAGUCCAAUCUCAGAGUAAACGGUGCCGAGUGUAGUGAGCCCGCACACCUUAAGGGACGUAACAUGGUGCACGUCACCCAAGCAGAUCUCAACUGCGACACGCAGGCAAACGAUACCAACGAAUGCGUAACUCAGCCUUGUAAGAACGGCGCCAAGUGCACUAAUCUUCAGAACACGUACUCGUGCACAUGUUCACCUGGCUGGCAAGGACACAGCUGUGAUCAGGAUAUCAACGAAUGCGUGCCCGCCCCGUGUAAGAACGGUGCCACGUGCACUAAUCUUCAAAACGCCUACUCAUGCACUUGUUCACCUGGCUGGCAAGGCUUCAAUUGUGAUCAGGACAUCAACGAAUGCGCGCCCGCCCCGUGUAAGAACGACGGCACGUGCGCUAACCUUCAAAACGCGUACUCAUGCACAUGUUCACCGGGCUGGCAAGGCAAUAACUGUGAUCAGGAUAUCAACGAAUGCGCGCCCGCCCCGUGUAAGAACGGUGCCACGUGCAGUAACCUUCAGAAUGCGUACUCGUGCACGUGUGUUCCUGGCUGGCAGGGAAAUAACUGUGACAAGGAUAUCAACGAAUGCGCAAAAGACCCGUGUAAAAACGGCACAACGUGCAUCGACCUUCAGAAUGCGUACUUAUGCACGUGUGUACACGGCUGGCAGGGAAAUAACUGUGACAAGGCAUGUCCUACCAUGAAGUUUGGCAUAAACUGUGCAUUUGACUGUGGAAACUGCCUCCACAACCUGUGUGACCAUGAGACUGGACUGUGUACCAGCGGCUGUAAGCCAGGCUUCUUAAGCACCUACUGUAGAACAGGAGGAGCAGUUUCAAAUCUGAUCACAUACUCAACAGACAAGACCAUUACUGUCUGGUGGAACCGACCAGAUGAACCCAGUGUUGGCAUUGUGGCCUACAAAUUGAUGAUAUACAAUACAUUCAUGUGUGAAAUUGUGCUGAAUGUUACAGAGAGUUAUAUAGCAAAGCCAAUGUGCUCGACAGAUAGAACCUCUAAUCAAUCCCCAAAUUCGUUGCCCCUGGCGUUAAACCAGAAGCAAAUGAAUGUAACAUUUUCCGGACUGAAACCAGAUACCAACUAUAUACUAUAUGUCAUGGCAUACACAGAGGAAGGCAUUGGGGAAAUCAAGAACAUCACUCUAAAAACACAGAUAGCAUUGCCUGUCCCAGUGGAAAAGCCUGCAGGAUUAAAUCUGUGGUUUAUAGCUCUUAUUGUUGGUAUUCUGGUGUUAAUUGUCGUGGUCCUUAUCAUGUGCUAUAAGUACCGGAAUAGAGGUGGAACCUCCCCAUUGCACACAAAUAAGAAGAAGGCAGGCAACAACCCAGAACAGGAAUUGAACGAUACUGUUUUCCAGGAUUUGGGCAGAGUUGAUGACUUUAAUGACGCUUCCAGUGAUGUGGAGACCGGUUUGAAUGCAGAGACGCGGCCUUUUAGUUGUGGCAGUGGGGAUGCAGACUGUGUAAAAGGCAGUGAAUUCGUGGAGGACGGGUCGGAUAAUAUUGAUGCGCGGCGUUUUAGUCGUGGCAGUGAGGAUGCAGACUGUGGGAAAGGAAGUGAAUUCGUGGAGGACGGAUAGGAUAAUAUUGUGCGGCCUUCGAGUUGUGGCAGGGAGGAUGCAGACUUUGGAAAAGGGAGUGAAGUCAUGAAGGACGGGUCGUUCAUCGGAUAAUACUGAGAUAUGAAGGGUUAUCAAAGAUCGAAAGCCGCAUUUGCAUAGGAUACACUGAUUUAAUCUAUUGUAAUAACUUAUUGUUUAUAUGUUUCUUUCUUUCUGUGAACUGGCACUAUGAGGGUUAUGAAAUGUUUAACAUCCUGAUAGGAGAAAAAAAGGCUUGACUAUACUUCGUUGGUAAAUAUUUUCCGUCUUCACAAUCGCAGUAAUCAAAUUUGUGAACAUCGUAAAACACGGUGAAUCGAAUGAGCUUGAUAAAGAACUUUCAUCUACAAUUAGUUGCUUUUUGGAAUACUCAAUUAUCAGGUUCUGUGGUGAGUUGAUUGGUAUCAUUAAAUUAUAUACGACAUCUUUAAAGAUAUGUGCAUGUUUUAAUUUCCAUUUCUUUUUAAACUUACAGAACCUAAUUUUAAAUAAAGCAAAUGAUUGGACUCGAAUGUGUUGAUCUUGUUCAUACAAUUUCACAUAAUGAGAUUUCGAAUUUGUGAAUAACAUGACUGUUAUGUAUGUUUACCUAGUAACAGGUCU